CGGGAGGAGGCGGAGGAUGUUCCCGGCGGCUGCGGCCGGGGCAGCGCGGGCCAGAGGCGAGGCGCGCGGAGCCCUCGGCGGCCCGGCGGUGCGCGGCGGCAGGCGGGCGGCGAGUUGCAGGCUCUGCGCUGCCCCGGGGCCUCCGAGCGCGAGUCCCGGGCUUUGUCUGCGGCGCCGCCUUCGCGUUGACCGUCAGGGGGCUCCGGGUCGGCGAAGGGCGCGGGUCGGGCGCCGCGGGGCCCGGGCCCGGACGCGACGCUCGCAAGGGAAGGGGCGGACAAAAAAAGACCAAAUGGCAAAGCAACCUUCCGAUGUAAGUUCUGAGUGUGGCAGAGAAGGUGGACAAUUGCAGCCUGCCGAAAGGCCUCCUCAGCUCAGGCCUGGGGCCCCCACCUCUCUACAGACAGAGCGGCAAGGUAAUCCCGAAGGAGAAGGGGACCACUGCCCCCAAGGCAGCCCGCAGGGCCCACUGGCCCCACCGGCCAGCCCUGGCCCUUUUGCUACCAGAUCCCCGCUUUUCAUCUUUGUGAGAAGAUCCUCCCUGCUGUCUCGAUCCUCCAGUGGGUAUUUCUCUUUUGACACAGACAGGAGCCCGGCACCCAUGAGUUGUGACAAAUCAACACAAACCCCAAGUCCUCCUUGCCAGGCCUUCAACCAUUAUCUCAGUGCGAUGGCUUCCAUGAGGCAGUCUCAGGCUGUACCUGCAGAUAUGCGCCCGGAGAUAUGGAUUGCGCAAGAGUUGCGGCGUAUUGGAGACGAAUUUAAUGCAUAUUACCCAAGGAGGGUCUUUCUGAAUAAUCACCCAGCAGCCGAAGGCCACCCGCAAAUGGUUAUCUUACGACUUCUACGCUACAUCAUCCGUCUGGUGUGGAGGAUGCAGUGACGGCGGGUUCCUCUUGGAGCCGGGACGUGCGCAGACAUUUCGCUCGUUCAGACCGACAAGCCCAGCACCGCAGUGUCUCGGUGCCCUUGCUGUGCAGCCCUCAGUCCUUUGCCAGAGGGGCGGGCGGGGAGCCAGCGAGCGUGUCCCCGGAGGACACCGAGCUGCACGUGUACUUGAACGUGUCUGUUCAUCACCACGCGGCCAAAUAUCUGAGGAAGGCUUGUUGUGAAUGUAAAUGAGGGAGGAUUCCCUUCUUAAACAGUGUACAAAUCAUGGUUCUUUGGAGCAGGAUUUUAUGCAAGAAUGGUGUUUACAUGCAGUGUGUUUUUUUCCCACCUUCUUUGAUAAGAACAGGUUUUUCAAAAAGGAAAUGGAAACUUUUUCACCAACUCCUGAGUGAUUUUUGUACUAAAAUUUUAAGAACCUUUUGCCUAUUAUCAGAGGAUUAUGUAAACUCUGCAGUGGAAACUGAGCCAGCUAAUUUAUAAAGCUGCCUUAGUUUAUUUUUAGAGAUUACCAUACAGCAUUUUUAAACGGGAGAGGUAUGAUGUGGCCCCUCCCUUCCCUGCCAUUGCCUCCUGGACCUUUUUUUUUUUUCAAAUCAUUAUGAUUAAUACCAAAAAAAUUCUUAUGAAAUAGAACUGCUAAAAGGGGCAGAGGGGUCCCUUGUCAGCCUGUAUUGACAUGCCACUCCUGUUUUGUAAAUAUCUACUUACCUCCUUAAAUUCAUUUGCAUCUGUGGCAGAAUUUCAGACUCUUCUUGUGUUUUUCUUUACGUCCGCUGGUGAUGCCCCACCAGCCUCGUGGGACGCUGAUGCACACAUUUGGUCUAGUGUAUUUUCAUGGUAGCAAAGUAAUUGGGUCUGAACACGAGUUAGUAUCUGCCUAUAUCAGACACAGGUCGGUUUGUCUACUGGUAGCUUACUCACUGGGAAGUGCUCAGUGUUGGUUUUCUCUUGGUUAUGAUGGGCUUGUCGUUUGCAAGUGUUCCGAAGAGGUAGUCCUAACACAAGGUAUUCCACCCGCUUGCACUGUUGGCUCUUCUGGAUGCAGGCUUUCCAUAGCACAGCAUGGACUCUCAGCCUAAGGCCCCAGGUGGUUAACGUGCCCACCUGCAGCCGAGUUCAGCUGCGGGUGUCCAAGCUUGAGCCCUCGUGGGAAUUGGCGUAGGCUGUGGGUGGGGCUUUAGACAGCUGUUUCAUGGGCAUCAUGGCUUUUCAUCCAACUCAGAGUUCAUCUGGCCUUUGAUGCCUAACACUUGGUUCCCGCUCUUUGAAAUAUAGACUUAAUUCUGCUCUCAGCAGUUCCAUAACAGACCCUGUCAGGCACAAGUCUGAAAUGGUCCCUCGGCCUUCUUUCGGAUGCCUGUGUCACUUGUUCCACUUCUCUUGGGACAGCUGGAUUCCGUCAGACCCCUUUGUGCAGCCACUUCUGUUGGGGGUGCCCUUCCUCCAUGCCCAGCAUAAGGAUGGCAGAGAACGGAAGCCCACGAGUUGGUCAGUCUUUUCAAAGGCAGUUAAACUACUGGGAAGACCCAAGAAAGACAGAUGAGGGAGCAUGGAAAGAGGGGAGGUGGAGAUCAUUCCGUGAACCCCAUCACUCUUAGUUUUUGAAACCGCAGAUCCUUAAGCAGCUUUUUAAAAGAAAUACGGGAUUUUUCAAACAAGUCAGCAGUGCCAACAACAACUAUUGUGUUUGCUCUUGGCCCAUCGAGGACCAGUGUUUUUACAUUAUCGGUCAGAAAAAUCCAUUCAUUUUUGUAUAUUCAUAAUUUUUUAUAAAUAUAUAUGUAUGUUGCAUAUACACUUCUUCCUUAGGUAGAGAUAUUUGACUCCAAAUAUUCUUCCUUCUAAAAAUUUUCUUUUCCCCAAAUAUUUUCUUGGGGUCUUGACUCGUUCUAAAGCUGUGUCGAGUCUCAGCUGGUGUCCUGGACGUGUCUUGAACCCCUCUGCAGGGUCUUCAAGUCCACGCGGUUGUUAAGGCGGUUGGUGGAAUUGCAGCCGUGGGCCUGCUGGACGCACACACCAAAGAUGUAUUUGGUUCUGGGCCAGUCCCCCACCCAGGAUCUCCGUACUCACGGGCCAGUCUCUCGGACUGGAGCACUUUAUUCUGUUUCUUCAGCCCCGGUGCCCCGGGAGCCGAGCGCUCGCUCGCCCACGUGCAAGUUUACCUCGGGUUCGGCAGCCUCCAGGCCCCUGGGCUGGCCAGGGAAGCAGCUGGUGAGGACAUUAGAGAUUCUAUGAAUUGUAGAAGUAGUAAGAGGAUGUUGCCCAAGGACUUAAGAGAGGUGACUGCACAUCUCUGUACUGUAUGUACCUGUUUAUCAAGAUACUUCCCUGCAGAAAGUAUACCCAUGGUGGGUAUACCUUUGACUUCUUAUUUUUCCUUCCUUUGACUUUUUUGUAGAAAAACAAUAACUCAAUCCCUUUUUGGAAAUAAUGCGGGUUUUGUGCCUUUUGACGAGACCACCUCGUCUCAUGUGAGGUUUGUAGAGAGUGUCCUGUGACUUGUCACAGAAAUGCAAUAAACACGCAAAAUUAAUUUCAUGGGGGAUUCUUCAAAUUACCUGGACUCCUCCCUAGACCUGCAAUUAUGAGAAUUUUUUUUUUCUUGGUUGUGGAGAAACCAGGUAAAAAUUCCUUCUGAUUUAAAAAAAAAAAAAAAUGUACAUAGUAGACUACAGCUUUCUCCUGUUUCCCCUUCUUAAUAUUGUAUAUAUUUUGACUAUUUAUUAGAUUAGGAAGUCAUAUUUUUCUUAUCAACUGAGCCAAAUGUCUGUGCAAUUAUUAUGUUUCCUUUAUCUUUCUUGUAAAAUUUUGUACAGCAUAAAUGAGUAAAAAAAAAAAAAAAAUCACUGUUUCUACUAAGCUUUUUCAGAAUUGAGGAUUGUAAAUAUUGUAGAUUUCUUUUUCUGUGUGAUGUGUCCUACUGUUUCAUAGUGCUGUAACUUGUAGAAAUGUUGUAUAUUUAUUUCCGGCUUAUUUAAUGUCUUAAGUUCUGAAAAGUGUUGACCUCCCUGACCCCUACCCUCUGCUGUCCUGUUAAUUGCUUUAACUCUGAGGUGGUGACUGGUCAGCUCACUGCAGGGCACGUGGUCGCCCCCAGGGUGGCCCUCUGAGCUUUGGUUCCUAGUAUUUCUAGUCAUAAGGAUUUAAAUUCUUAGGAUCUGCUGUCCUCACGAUGAAGUUUGUGUUUAGACACCAGUGAGAGACUGUAAAUCUAGCAGGCUGACAGAUUCUACUGUAGACCUUUCCAGUGACUUUUUUUUUGGUUCCCAAACAGCUAGCUUCUCAUGGAAGCAAAUGCUGUUAACUCCAGGCUGUAUCUUAAAAACAAACAAAAAAUAGAUAUUGGAUUGGCCAAAAAGUUCGUUCGGGUUUUUCUAUUUACAUCUUAUGGGGAAACCCGAACGAACUUUUUGGCCAAGCCAAUCUGUAUUAUUGGCAGAUGCGAAAGAUGUUUUUCCGUUGAAAAUUGUUCAGAGAAAUGGAAAUGCCCUCUUCUGGAGGUGCUGCCAUGAGAUGGUUGAGGGCAGGGGCCAGGCCAGGAUGAAGGCACAGGUGGGACCAGUGGCCCCUGCUUCCAGAGUGACUUCAGGAUCACCUCACACCACUCACCCCUUGUUAGCAGCUGGUGAGUAAUUGAGUUUCCCCCCCACCUGCUCUGUGGCUUCCUGUGCUCUGAGGUGCGGACUAAACUGUGUCUCUUCAGGAACUAAUUGUACCCCCCCCCCCCACACACGCAGCCCUGAAGCAUUUGAUCCCCCUGCUUCUUCAGGGUGACGCUUUCCUUCUGCUUCUCCAAAGCCUUCAAGAGAGGUUGGGGGCCCCACUGGACUGGGUGUUAAGAGGUGGAAGCUUGAAAGAGACUUCCUCGUGGUUCUGCGUCGAUGGCUCUGUCAUCCCUGCUGAUUUAGCCUGGUGCCUGCGUGUGUCCACCCCGCACGUGCAUGUGUGCGGCGAUGGGACCACACGUGUCGCUAAACCAGCUGGGGUAACUCCUGUCCUGCUCCAAAUGGCAUUGGGUGCAAGAAGCAGCCUCAAGCUCCCAGCUAAAUAACUUGACUACUUUUAUGUGGAAAUUUCAGACUUUAGAAGCUCUCUUUUAUGUCCAUGUUCUGUGACCGCUAGUUACUGUAUCCGAACUCAUCAGGUACUCAUUUAUAAAUAGCACUGAUCUGUCUGUAUACUGAUUCAUCCCUAACUUUGUUUCCUAGAACCCAGCGUAUGUAGCAUUUGUAUUGCAAUUUCCCUGGCUUACUUGUGUUUUGCACUGAUGAAUUUUGACAGGGUAAUUGCCACUUUACUUGUGCAAUACUGCUGUAAAUAACUGCAGAUUUUUUUUUUUUAAGAAACUCAAUCUUUUAUGUUCUUAAUGAAUUUUAUAUAAAUAAAACU